CCUGUCAGUGAGAGAAACGGAGAGUUUGAUUUCACUUUCACUUUUGAGAGCUGAGUCACCCGGGCGUGAAACACACGGACAAACACACGCAAAUACCCCCAAAACUCACACUCAAACACACUCAGCAUGGCGUUCACAUACCCCGAGGCGCGGAGGGAUGAGAAUAAGGUGGACGAUUAUCACGGAGUGAAGAUUUCAGACCCGUAUCACUGGCUGGAGGACCCGGACUGUGAGGAGACUCAGAUGUUUGUUGCGGAGCAGAACAAGCUGACCAUGGCAUUCCUGGAUCAGUGUGCAGUCAGAGAGAGCUUCCAGCAGCGCCUCACCGAGCUCUACAACUACCCCAAAUACAGCUGUCCAUACAAGAGAGGAGACAGGUAUUUUUACUUCCACAAUGAAGGUCUGCAGAACCAGGACGUUCUGUACGUGCAGGACUCUUUAAACAGCCCAGCCAGCGUGUUCUUUGACCCAAACGCUCUCUCUGAGGACGGGACUGUGGCUCUCAAGAUGGGUCGCCUGUCGGAGGACUGUGAGUAUUUCGCGUACGGCCUGAGCAGCGCUGGAUCUGACUGGGUCACGGUGCGUUUUCUGAAGGCAGAUGAUCUCAGUGAACUGCCGGAUGUGCUGGAGAGAGUGAAGUUCAGCUGUCUGACCUGGACACACGACGCUAAGGGCAUCUUCUACAACUGCUACCCGCGCCAGGACGGAAAAGCCGACGGCACUGAGACCACGACAAACCUCAACCAGAAGCUCUUCUACCAUGUGAUCGGAAGCAGCCAAUCAGAGGACGUCCUGGUGGCAGAGUUUCCUGACAACCCCAAAUGGCACAGCAGCCUGACGGUCUCUGAUGACGGCCGGUACGCUGUGCUCUCCAUCACUGAAGGCUGUGAGCCGGUCAAUCGUCUGUGGUACUGUGACCUCCAGCAGCUGCCCAACGGCAUCACAGGUCUGUCUACAAACACACACACACACAC